GCCGUGCAGAUGAGAAAAAGAUGCAGGAAAUUCUCUUGUUUACUCAUGUCUGUAACACUGAGAAGCAAGAACAGCUCCUCAAACCCACAGGGUGUGGAAACAAGUGAAUCACCUGAGACAUGAAUUUUGACUCUGUCUGUAACAAGCAGCUCCUUAGAAACCAACUAAAGGAGCCCCAUGAUGUUGAAGCACAGAACUGUGCAAAAGCAUGUAGCACCUGCAACUCCAGUGUCCUAUCGCCAAGAAUACUUCCACCCCCAUCCUACCGCCCCUCUGUGUAUAUUUAUAACAGCAGCGACUGGGAAAUUUGUGAGGAGUUACGGCUUCGAGAGCUUGAAGAAGCCAAAGCUAGGGCAGCCCAAAUGGAGAAGACCAUGCGUUGGUGGUCAGACUGCACGGCCAACUGGCGUGAGAAAUGGAGCAAAGUCAGAGCUGAAAGAAAUAACGCCCGUGAAGAAGGGAGGCAACUGAAGCUUAAGCUGGAAGCCUCAAUGAAAGAGCUGAGUGCCCUGAAGAAAAUAAACCAAUGUUUGCUCACAGAAAAUGAAGAUGUGGAAGCUAGGAGCGUGAGGAAAAAGAGCUUUGCCUUUUCUGAAAUUUGUUUGAUGACAGAGGACCAUUUAGCAUCUCUGGAGAAAGAGCCUGUUAAACAUGUCCAGAACAACAAGAUUUUUGAGGUAGAAAGUCUCUGUCAGGAAGUUUAUGCGACUGAAAACCCUUUAGGAGACCACCAAGAUAAAAUAAUCAAUUUGGAGAUUCUUGAUUCCAGAGGCAAACACAGAUCAGUUUUUCUGGAAAAUCCUGACACAAGCAAAGAGAAUGAAAGCAGAUCUCAGGACGAUGAAGUAGUACAUCUUUCUGUGUUGCAUUUGCAUCUUCAUGAAUCAAGGAAAAUCUUGCAGAAGGAGCAAAAAAUCCGCUUAUCUCUGGAGAAAGAGAUAGAGAAGCUGAAGUCAGAAAAAAUUCUGUGGAAAUGGAAAUAUGAGGAGCUAAGAAAGUCCAAACAGCAGAGUCUAAAGCAGUUUGGGAUACAUAAUGAUGUACAUCAGACUGAAGUAACAAGAAUCACAGAAGGAUUAGAAGAAGACCCUGGACCCAAAUCUCAGAACUCUAUGAAGAUCUGGGACUUACAAGCAGAGAUGGAAAUACCACAGCCUGAAAGUACAUCAGUAUGGGAAAGAAGAAAAAACCUUGAAAUAGAAAAUCAAGAACUGGGUAUAGACAACAGAAGAUUAAAGGCCAAGAUGAAGGAUCUUCAAGAUCUUCUGGACAGAAAAAGUAAAUGGCCUGCAAUUCAUCUGUGUGGAGAUCUCAAGAUACCAUACAGUGAACUGCUGGGGGAAAAUAAGGACCUUGUGCAUCUGCCAUGCAGUGAUGGUGAGCUAUACAGGCAGGACCAAGACAUAUUGGCAGAACUGGCACAAACAAGAAAGAAGGCGGAGCAGCAUAAGGCAGAAGCAAAGCAGCUGAGCAUUCGGAUUGAAGAUCUAAGAAGAAAAUUAAAAGAGGCAGAAAGCAAGAAACCUUCAGAGACAGGAAAGGAGAGAAGUUUUACCCACAAUCCAUCUUCUCAUUGAACUGAUAAUUCCUCCUUACAACACCGAAGCUGGUGGGUUCGCGACACUUUCUCCAAACCACCUGGCCUCCUUGUCCCUCGUCACUUUCUCAUCUUGCCGUGAUGACAUUAUCUGUUCUACUGCCCAGUCAAAAAAAUAAACCCAAAAUGAGACAGAAUGGAGAACAACGGAGGAGCGAAACUGCAUCACAGCACUGCUAUACCUUCAAACACAUUAUCUCUGGCCUCUUCUUAAAGGACAAGUGAAGGAGUGGUGCAAUGGAAGCAUCUCUCUCUCUCUCUCUCUCUCUCUCACACACACACACACACACACACACACACACACACACACACAAACAGCCCAUUCUGGUCCUUAGAGUGAGUAGGCUGCUGUUUCCUCUGCAGUAAGUCAGUGACAGGGGAUGUGUGGCCCUCCAGAUGUCGAUGGACUACAACUCAUCCCAGACUGCUGGCCGCCAUGCUGGCUGGGGCUGAUGGGAGUUGGAGUCCAAAUAAUCUGGUGAGCCUCUGGUUCCCCAUACCUACAGUAAAUUAAUGUGGAGGGCAACAGGGGGCACUGCUGAAUAUCAGUCUUUUCCUAGAAUGUAAUAUUUUCUCCAUAAACCAGCUAACGACAAGUUUGCAAAAUAAAGUGUGAACAUCAGCACUCAUGGUCUUCCACAGCAGAUAGAUGAAAACAUCCAUGCAUUUUAUCACCACUGCCAGUUGAUAUGUACAUUUGCAUCACAAAAAUUUAAGAAGCAUAAAAAAGGGAAGGUUCAAGAAUUCACAAAAGUUCAUUAUUUUAAUGCAAAUAUGUUCAUUAUUUUAUUAUAUUUGAGUGGCCAUUUUUUAUAAUCUUGUUCAAAAAGGAAAUAUGAAUACAAUUAUUCUGGGUAACCUCAGAACCGGACAUCAUUAAAAGGUCACUAUUCCACCUCAUUGCUAAAGUAUUGACACGUUUAAUGACAAAAUGCCCCCAAUUUUUAUUGCUUGAGCUGUCUCAUACUGAAAUGUUGGAAAAUAUUCUGUGGCCUGCUGCCCAAGUCCUUCAUGCAACAAAAAGAAUUAAAAUAAAAAUUAGAUGUAAUGAAGUCUUGUGAAUGAACUUUGAGGUUGUAUAUUAAAUUUUAAUUACUUUUUUUCUGAAAUGUAGCCAAAUGAUUCAGAAUUAAUGUUGCAGUGAGGUAUCACUUACCUUAACCUCACCCAAGGGGGCAAUUGGAAUAUGUACAAAAUGUUACCAACAUGGUUAACGUACACCUUUUGUCGUCUUGAUUAUUUCUUUGUAUUUUCAUAGACAGAUGUUCUCUGUAUCUUGAGAGGUAACAUUACUGUAAAAUAAGAAUAAUCAUUUUUGCCAUUAUCAUACAUCAGCCAAAUUAACAGUGAAAUCUUAUGCAUGUCUACCUAGAAGUAAUUUCCAUUGUGAUCAGUGAAAUCCCAGACUGUGAUGAGAUUGAAGCAACUUUUCUUUUAAAUACAUAUUUUGUAUAAAAGCUUUUAAAACUUUAUAUCAAUAUUAAAGAGCUAAUUGUGUACUCUUUGCCUCCACACCUAUGGCAUAAUAAAGUAACUGGAAUGGAGCCCCUAAAAUAUUCAAAAGUGAUUUGUAAGUGGGCAGGAAGUGUUAGUUUUCCUGAGGAUAUAUUAGACUUUUGUGAAGCUGCAAAUACAUGAAAAUAAAUAUUUUGGUAGCCAUA